GGCCCGACAGCACCGAGGAGAGCAGGACCAGAACCUUGGACCAGCAGGACCAGAACCCUGCCAGAGAGGUCCGUCCGCCCCAGAGUCGCGCCGAACCGUUGCCAUGGAGACAAGUCCGCUUCAGACCCCCGGACCUGGUUUUGUUGGCUUUUAACUGGGAUUUAAAACCAAAAGGCAGAAGCCGCUGGAGCCGUCGGUCCAGUUCUAUCUCGGGGUCCCGCACGUGUCCCGGCUCCGCUCCGACCCCCCCAGCAUGAUGUCUUAUCUGAAGCAGGCCCCGUACGGGAUGAACGGACUGGGCCUGGACCUGCUGCACCCCUCCAUGGGCUACCCGGCCAACCCUCGGAAGCAGCGCCGGGAGCGGACCACCUUCACCCGGACUCAGCUGGACAUCCUGGAGUCUCUGUUUGCAAAGACCCGGUACCCCGACAUCUUCAUGAGGGAGGAGGUGGCCCUGAAGAUCAACCUGCCCGAGUCCAGAGUCCAGGUGUGGUUUAAGAACCGCCGAGCCAAAUGUCGGCAGCAGCAGCAGAGCACCAGCACCAAGCUGAAGCCUCUGAAGAAGAAGGCGUCUCCGACCAGAGAGAGCACUGGCUCUGAGAGCAGCGGGCAGUUCACUCCACCCGUACCGUCCAGCUCCUCCUCCACCACCUCCUCGUCCUCCUCCACCUCCUCUUCGGCCUCCUCUGGCCUCGGAGGGUCUGCUCUGAUCAGCACCUCUACCUCCGUCACCUCCCCCGUGUCGUCCAUCUGGAGCCCAGCGCCCAUCUCCCCAGCCCCGGCUCCACCCAAUCUGCCUGACCCCGUGGCCCCCACCAGUGCCUCCUGCAUGCAGCGCUCUGCGCCCCCCUCCUCCUCCGCAGGAACCCCCUCCUACCCCGUGUCCUACAGCCAGUCUGCGGCGGCGUACAGCCAAGGCUACCCAGCCGCGGCGACCGGCUCCUACUUCAGCGGCGUGGAGUGCGGCUCCUACCUGGCACCCAUGCACUCCCACCAUCACCCGCACCACCCCCACCAGCUCAGCCCCAUGACGGGCGGCUCCAUGUCGGGGCACCCGCACCACCACAUCGGCCAGACGUCGGGCCACCACCACCAUCACCACCACCCGCCACAUCCCCACCAGGCGUACAGCGCGCCCGGCCUCGCCUUCAACUCCUCAGACUGUCUGGAUUACAAAGAGCCGCCGGCUGCGUCGGCCUGGAAGCUCAACUUCAACGCCUCCGACUGUUUGGACUACAAAGACCAGGCCUCGUGGCGUUUCCAGGUGCUGUGACGGCCUCCUCCCUCCUCCUCAC